CCAUACGUAUAACACUCUUACUGGCUGCAGGGCAACCUGGCGUCUCCCGCACGCGAGGACUCUGUAAGCGAUGGAGCCAUCCUGCCGAAGCCGCGCUCUGCAAAGCCCAGCGCGGAUGGGAGAGCUAGCACGUAUGGCUUAGGAGGCGUGGAUGAGCUGUAUCCUUCCCAGGAUCAGGGUGGUCCACUGGCAGCGAACGCAGUCGCGGCCUUCCAGCGCUUUGCUGACAUGUUCAGGGUAUACGACACGGACAACAACAACGCGAUCGACCACUCAGCCAUGGUCGCGGCCUUUGGGCAGCUGGGGCUGCUGAACGGCCUCAACGCAAAGCUGCUGGGUGAGGUGCUGGGGCUGACGGGGGGCGCCGACGCCGCCGCGCGCGGGCGGCUGUACCCGCCCCACGAGUUCAUCGCGCACUGCGAGCGGCUAUCGCAGUGGCAGGCCAAGGCGGCGCGCGAGCAGCGCAUCCGGCAGGCCUCGCGUGUGCCCGGGGUGCCGCAGGGCGCGGAGCGGGCGGAGCUGCUGCGGCGCGUGUAUGCGCGGUACGCGGUGGCACAGGGCCAGGGCCGGCUGGUGUCUGACGCCGACUACGCCGAGCCGCGCCUGGCCGCCAGUGCGCUGCAGCGGCUGGCGCAGGACCUGGGGCUGCUGGCACCCACAGGGCCGCUGAGCAGUGUGUCGGUGGAUGUGGUGUUUGCCAAGUGCAAGCCGGCGGGCGCGCGCAAGCUGGGCUACCAGCAGUUCCUCAAGUCGCUGGCGGCACUGGCGGAGGAGAGCGGCGCAGACGUGUGGGAGGCGGCGGGGGUGCUGGGGCACAAGCUGGCACGGCUGGCGCCGGCGGGGCCGCCGCCACCGCCGCCACCUGGCAUGCGCACCUCCGUGGGCGGCGGCCUGAUGCCAGGCGGCGCCGGGGCCCUGCAGCUCUUGGAGGAGGGCGGCGCCUACCACUCGGACCCCGAGCUGCUGCACUCACCGCCGGGGCUGGGAGCCGGGGGCGGUGGAGGAGGCGCAGCCAAGGACCGGCUGCUGCCGCGGCUGCCGCAGCCGCCCGCGGGCGGCGGAGGAGGCGAUGUGGGACACGGUAUACCCAUCAAGCCACGGAGCAAGUACUAUGACCGGCUAUCGGCGGACGCGGGAGCCGUCAGCAAGAGCUACGGCGGCAGCAGCGGUGCCGGCGGAGGAGGAGGGCUGCGUAGCUUUCCUAACCUGAACGCCUCACACCAGCCGCCGCCGCACGGAGGCCGCCACCGUGCCAAGACGGUGCAGGGCCUGGCAGGCGGCGGCGGCGGUGGCGGCACGGGUGCGGGUGCGGGCAGUGGUUUGGCACCGCUGCCUCGCCAGGCGUUUGGAGCAGGCGGCGGUGGCGGCGGCGGCAGUGCCGCGGACGGCGGUGACCCGCUGUUGUCGGAUCCGCUGCUGGCGGUGUCGGGUCGGCUGAUGGGCGCGGGCGGGAGCACUUGGAGUCCGGCGCUGGGUGGCGGUGGCCGCGGCCGUGUGCUAGCCGGCAUUGCCUUGCUGCCUCAGGGCCAAGCGUUGCUCGCUUCUCGAGGAGUCUCAACAGACGGGCAGCAGGCGGCGCACUCGCUGUCAGGCCAGGCGCCAGAGGCCACUCCGGCAGCCGCCACCGUGGGUGGCCGCGCCGCGCUCAACACCAGCCUGCCGCCGCCCAUCCGCGCUUUUGAGGAGCCGGCGGCGGCACCGCCGCACCCGCGCUCUUCAGCUGCCGGAGGCGGCGCCAGUGGCGCCGGUGGCCUGUCCAUACUGCCUGGUAUGGAUAGCGCGACGCACGUGCUGUACGAACGGUUGGUGGCGUUGGAGCGGCAGUUGGCGGCGCAAGCGGCGGCGGCGGCCCAUGUCGGUGACGUCAGCCAGCAGCGGGUGGCGGCGCCGCAACACGUGGCAGAGGAGGCCACAGGCGCGGCGGCGGCGGCGUCGCAAGCGGCGGCGCAGGCCGCUGACGCCGCGGCCGCGGCCACCGGCGUCGCGGAGACGGCUGCCGCCGGCGCGGCGGAGGCGCGGCGGGUUGCGGACGAGGCAGCGGCCGCAGCCGCCGGCGCGACAGCGGCGUUGGGGCCCAUGGAGUCCCGGGUUGCCGCGUGUGAGGCAAGCACGGCGGGCAUCGCGGGCCUGGAGGCGCGUGUGGCGGCAUGCGAAUCGGGUCUGGCGCAGGCAGUGGAGGCAGCGGAGCGGCGGGCGGGUGAGGCGGAGGAGGAGCGGUUGCGGGUGGAGGGCGUGAAGUCCGAGGUGCAACAGCUGGAGGGAAGCAUGCGUGCGGUGACGGCGGCGGCUGUAGCAGCCACGGUGGCGGAGCAGCUGCAGAGCAUGCUACAGCCAAGCGGGGAUGCUACUGCCGCUGUGGCUACUGCUGAUGCUACUGCUGACGCCGGGACGGCAGCAGGCCCUGGAUCGGGAUCACCGGUGGCGGUGCUGCUGCAGCGGCAGAUUCAGGCGGCUGUAGCAGCAGAGGUGGCGCGGCUAGGGUUGGCAGGGCAGCAGGGCACGGCGGCGCCACAGGUGGUGGCAACCAAGGCGGAGGCGGAGGCUGUAGCAGCAGCCAACAAGGCGGCCGAAGACACGGAGGCUGAGGACCUGCGCAGGCGGGUGCAGGCGCUGGAAGGCGCGCUGAAGGCGGCGGAGGAGGGCGCGGCGGCGGCGAAGGCCGCCGCGGAUCAGGGCGCUCAGCGUGCCAACAAGCUUGAAGCUGAGAUAGCCGCCGCCACUGCCGCCAUAGCCGCCCUCACAGCCGCCGCCGCCAACGCUGCCAGCACGCCGCCUGCUGCGCCAGCCGCGCCGGCGGCGGAGGCAGUGGCGGCGGAGGCCGAGGCGGCGGAGGCAGAGCUGAAGGCGACGGUGGCGGCGGCGCUGGCGGAGAUCAAGGCGGCGCAGCAGGCCGCAGUGGACGCCGCCGCCGCCAGGGCAGUGGACGACGCGACCGCCGCAGGCGCCAUCGCUGCCGCCAAGGCGGCGGCCGCCGCCGCCACGGCCGCCGUCACCGACCUCCGCAGCCAGGUGCGGGACUUGCAGGGCGAGGUGAAGGCCGUGUGCGCGCUGGUGGAGGACCUGGGGGCGCAGGUGGCGGGCGGCGCCGCCAAGACAGAGGAGGCGGCGGCCGCCGCCGCUGCGGCGGCGGAGCGGAGUGAGGCGACGGCGAGCGCGGCUACGGCGGCGGAGGGAGGCGAGCUUGAGGAGCACGCGAGCGCUGCAGAUGGUGGCAUCGCGGCGCUUGAAGUGACAGUGGAGCAGCUCAGUUCCCAGGUGGCUUCGGUGCAAGAACAGCAGCAGCAGCAGCAGCAGCAGCAGCAGCAGCAGGAGCAGGAGCAGGAGUCGGCGGCAGUUGUGGCUGUUGCCGCGGCUCCGGCUGUAGCAGCUGCAGCGGCUACUGCUGUUGAGCCGACGAGCACCAGUGCACCGGCCAGCAGCUCCGGCGAUGGCCCUGCCCCGCCGGCUGCAUCGGCUCUGUCCGAGCCGCUGGCACAGGUCUCAGGCGCACCCAAAAGCGACAGCGAUGGAGCUGCCGCCGCGGCCGCUAAUGCCGCCGCUGCAACUGCUGCUGCAGCCCAGGCGGCUGCUGCUGCUACUGCGGUGGAGGCGCUGCGGUCAGAGCUGAGCGCGCUGCAGCAGUCUGUCGCAAAGCUGGAGGCUGCCGUGCCGGCUGCAGCUGCCGUCACCGCCGCCGCUGUCCCUGCAACGGACGCUGCCGACGCCCCCGACGCCGCUGCAACAAAGGACGCCGAGUGGCCUCGACUGAGCGAGUCCGGCGGCGAGGCACACACCACCACCACCGCCAACGCAGCAGAAGCUCAGGCAGCAUCCCCAGCUGCUGCUGCUGCUGAUGCUGCUGAUGCUGCUACUGCUGUUGCUGUGCCUCUGGAGGCGGCGACGCCGCCGCCCCCCGAUGUGCUUGCCACCUUGCUUGAGCUGCGCACACUGCUGACGACGGCGCAGCAGGAGCUGGGCGAAUGCAGCACCAAGGCAGCAGAGGCGCUGGCGGAGGCCGCUGGUGCCAAGGCCGCAGCGGCGGAGGCCAACGCAAAAGCCACCGCCGCAGCUGCUGCCGCCGAGGCCGCUACAGCCGCCGCAGCCGUAGGCGCGGUGAAGGCACGAGAUGAGCGGGAAGCUGAGGCCGAGGAUGCUGCCGCUGCAGUCGUUGCAGCCACCGGGGCUUCUGCAGCGACGGCGGCCGUGGCGGCCGCCAGUGCUGACACGGAGCUGCAGGGGGCUCUCCGGGAGGCGUGCAGGGCGGCUGAGGCGGCGGCAGCGCAGGCCGCGGCGGCGGUGGGUGAGGUGGCGGCGGCCAUAGUUCGCUCCGAGGCCGCAACGGCGGCCGCCAUCGCCGCAGGUGACGGUGCGAAGACGGCAACAAGCGCCGCAGAGGCGGCGACUGAAGCUGCCAAGGCGGCGACCGCGUCGGCCGAAGCUGCCACGAGCUCUGCCGCCGCCGCAGCGGAGGCGGCGACCGCAGCAGCUACUGCUGCAACGACUGCGGCGGAGGCGAAGGCGGGGGCGGAGGCGUGCCGGGCGGAUGCCGAGGGGGUGAAGGCAGCGGCUGACGAGUCGCGCACAAGGACAGCGGAAGCCCGCACAGCCAUAGAGGGCGUGGCAAAGGCUGCGGCCGCGGCGGAGGCGGCCGCAGCCGCUGCUCCUGCCGCCGCUGCGACCGCUAUCGCCAAUACUGCAGCCGCCAAAGCCGCUGCGGCGUCUGCUACUACCGCCGCCAUGGCGCCCUCGACGACGGCUUCCGAGCCGCCCGCUGCCAGUGGCAAAGCCGCCGCUGCCGAUGCUGCAACCGCAGAUGCUGUUGGCGCUGGUGUCGACGCCGGCGCUGCUGUGGCUGCAGCUGCUACUGCCGCCCCGACGGAGGCGCUGGCGGCGCUUGAGGCUCGGCUGGCGGAGCUGGGCAAGCAGCUGGCGGAGACGUCGGAGCGGGCGGAGGAGGCGCUGAGUGCGGCACACGGCGCGCUGCAGGCGGCAGGGCUAGAAGUGGGCACACGCCGUGGGGGCGGUGUGGGCGCGAGGUCGGUGAAGCGCUCGGAUGCGGCGGAGGCUGCGGCGGCAGCGGCGGCGGCGGCGGCUGGCGGUGGCGGCGGCGCGUCCGUGCCUGAGCUGGAGGAGCUGGAUGCGCGGGUUAGUGCCGCCGCCGAGCAGAGCGGCUCCGCCUUCGUCCAGGUGCGCAGCCUGGCCGAGAAGCUGGCGGCACUGGAGGCGCAGGUGGCGGCGCUGGCUGUAGCAGGCGGCGCGGCAGCUGCUGUGGCAGGGGGCGCCACUGCUGCAGCUACUGCCGACACGGCGCCCGCUAAGGACGCGGCAGGGGCGCCGGCUGCGGCUGCGGCCACACCUACUGAGGCGGCGACGGCGGCGGCCCAGGCGCUUGUGACGGAGGCGGAGGCGCGGCUGACCAAGGAGCUCGGGGAGGCGCUCAAGGAGUUGGUGGAGCAGGCACACGACCUGGAAGCGCUGCGGCUGCGUGUCGACAAACUGGAGACGGCUGGAGGGGCGGCGGCUGCAGCGGCGGCAGUAGCACCUGCAGUGGGUGUGGCUGGAGCGGCUGCUGCAACUACUGCGGCGCCGGCGGCAGCUGCGCCAGCGGCGGCUGCCGCCGCGGACCCCGCGCCUGAGCACUUCGUGACCACCGCCGAGAUGCAGGAGGUGCUGGACAUGAUCGCCACCAAACUGGAGCGACAGGCCAAGUCCCUCAAGGCCGUCACAGCCACCGCGGACGGACUGAUGGCGGACCUGCAGGAGGCGGCUCACGACGUAGGCCGUAUGACGGUGGAGAUUAACGUCAUGCAGGAGCGCCAGGCGACGGCGGCGGCAGAGGCGGCGGCGACAGGCGCGGCGGCCCGCGACGCGGCGGCGGCCGCCAGCGCGGCGGCGGAGCAGAUCGUGUCCCUCAAGGCCCGCUGCGAAGCUUUGGCCCGGGACGUGGAGGGCCUCAAGCGCCCCGCCGCGCCCGGCAGCCAGCCCGGCAGUGCGCUGGCGGCAUUGCGCGCCGGGCUGGAGCCGGGGGCGGGCGCGGGGGCGGGUCAGCCUGGAGGCAGGGACCAGCCCAGCCCGGGUGUGGCACCGCCGCCGGGGGCGGCAGAUGGCGGCGAGGGCGGCGGCGGCGGCGGCGGCGGCGGCGCCAGCUGGUCGGCGGUGUUGGCGGCUGACGCGGCGGCGCGGGGUCGUGACCUGGAGCUGGAUGAAGGGAUUCACCGGCUGCAGGUCGCGCUGGCUGACGCGGAGAAGUCGCUGGGCGCCAAACAGGAGGUCCUGCAGCAGGUCAUGCUCAAGAUCGCCCGCCAGGUGGACAAGCUGCAGAGCCACGUCACCAGCGCCCAACUCAGCGGCAACGGCGUCGCCCCAGGCGGCAGCGGCAGAGGCAGCGGCAGCGGGGCCGCCACGACCACUUUCUCCGCCGCCGCGGCGCUGACGGGCGCCGCCGGCGGGAGCAACAAAGCGCUGCGCUUCGGUGGCAGCACCGAGGCAGAUGGAGGCAGUCGCAAUGGCGGCGGCGGUGGGGGGCGUGGAAGCUUGCAGUCGGUGGCAGCGUCAGCUCUGCUGGCGAGCAGGCCGGCUUCACCCACCACGCUGGCGAAGAUGCUGGCGAGCCGUGCCGCCUCGCCCGCACAGCCAAGCCGAGGAGGAGGCGGUGGUGGCCGCAGCGGCAGCAGGGACGGCCAAGCUGAGUAAGAGAGCUGUGGAUGGGUUGGGGCCGCGGCCGGUAAGGGGGCAGGGGAAGUUGGGCAAUGGGGAUGCCGUGUCUGUCAAGCGCCCGUAUAUCAUUUGCCUGUGUGUGACUGCAACAAAAGCACGUUUGAAUAUCAUGAUGCAUUUACAAGAGUUGUUCGAUGUCAAGCACACUGCGGUGUAUGGAAGGAACAGAGGGUGGAAGCGUAUAGGGUGUUUUGUUGGCGGGCGGGCGGGCGGUGUUGCUGGGGUGCAUGCUGUGGUACUGGGGCAUGUGCAUCGUGGCGGGUCAUGCGGGUCGGGUGGUUCGGUGUUGGGAACUGUUGUUGCCAAGAACUGCCAAGCUCAACAAAGGCUGGAGGGGUGCGAAGCGCAAGAUGGCAGGGUACUGUAUUUCCACCAGCAUACCAUACUUGUUGUUGUUGGUUACAAGGUGGUGUGCACGAGCAUGCGUGCUAUCCUGUCCCCGUAAGUACCAGUGGCCCGGGCCGGUGGGCCCUUAUAACGCCGGGAAACUUACGCGCAACGAAGUUAGGCGUGUUCGACUGUACUACUCAAUGCCAACUACGUCAACUGCUAGCCCGUCAGCCUAGGUGAUUAGGUGCCUUGGCACCGAAUGCCCGCCCCUCCCUUCCAUCGGGGCUUCAGCCCUGCUGCUCGAAACCCUUCGAAAGCUCCGAGUUGCUCCUUGCGCAGUGCACACCCUACGGACGUCAGGUAAGGCGCCACCACCACACCUGUGCUGCGGACCAGGCGUGCGUGCUUCCACCCGCAUACCGUACUGGUCCAUGCCGGGUCACCUGGGCUUACAGUGGCGAGAGCCACCUAGAGGGUGGUCAUGCUGUUUCAUCUGUUUGUAAGUGCCAGUGUUG